AUUCUGAUACAAAGUUCUGUUAAUAGAAUUGGCAGUGAAGUUCAGCUGCAUGGGAAAGACAAUUCAUAUUUUUGGUUUCCUUGAUGUCGUGGCUGCAGAAGUAGUCGAGUUUUUGGAAGGAUUCACAGGUCAGGGAACAGUAUAUGCUUUAGAGGUUAAGCAGCCCAAACGAGGAGGACCUAGAUCAUAUGCUAGGGUCCAAUUCACAGAUGAGAGGAGCGCUGAAUGCAUUAUGGCUUUGCCAAAGGAACGCCUUUAUUAUGGUUCUUCAUAUUUGAGGGCUUCAGAAGACGACAUUGAUUGGUUUCCGUGGCCUAUAACCUAUGAGCAUCACAUGCAGCAAAUAGUUUUGAACUUUGGGUGUCAGGUGUCAGAGAAUAGGUUUUCAGUGCUAUGGAAUGUGGCAAAUGUUUCAGUUAAAUUCGGAAUUGGAAUGAAGAAAAUGUAUUUUAUUUUGCAGUUUCACUCUCUUGACUACAAGCUUGAAUUAUCCCGUGAAAACAUAUGGCAGAUUGUACUGCAUCGACGUGGUCAAGCAGCAGAGUUUCUCCUCAUACAGUUAUCUGGUGCUCCUCGGAUUUUCAAAAAACUUGAAGAAUCCCCCUAUCGCUACUUUAAGGAAACUCCAUAUGACCAGUGGGUCAGGGCGACAGAUUUCACUUCAUCCUGUAUUGGACAAUCGUCUGGCAUAUGUUUGGAGCUUCCUCGUGGCAUUCAACUACCAAAUUUAGGUGAUUACAAAGAAAGUGACAGCCAAUUUACGCUGGAAAAUGGCUUCCCCUAUUCAGACAAUUUGGUUUUAGUUCCUAUUCUGCGUCCCCCCGAAGGACUAUAUUUGCCAUAUGAAAUCUUGUUCCAGGUCUGUUGUUUAGUACAGACCGGAUGUCUUCCAGGGCCAUCACUAGAUGCUAAUUUCUUUAGGCUUGUUGAUCCACAAAGAAUAGAUGUCAAAUACAUAGAACAUGCCCUAGAGAAGCUACACACAUUGAAAGAGUGCUGCUAUGAGCCGGUGCAGUGGCUCAAGGAGCAGUAUGAUAAGUAUGACAAGCUCCGGCGACCUCCCAAAUCACGUACUCUUAAUUUGGCAGAUGGAUUGGUAUAUGUCCGGAGGGUGCAAGUUACACCAUGCAAAGUGUAUUUCUGUGGUCCAGAGGUCAUUGUAUCUAAUCGUGUAUUGCGCCACUUUUCAGAGUACAUUGACAAUUUUCUUCGAGUUUCCUUUACUGAUGAAGAGCGGAAUAAGAUGUUUCCAUCAGACUUGUCACCUCGUAAAGCUGCAAAUGAGAAUGGAAGGACGGAAAUUUAUGAGAGAAUACUGUCAACACUGAAAAAUGGCAUAGUUAUUGGGGAUAAAGAGUUUCAAUUCCUUGCCUAUUCUUCAAGUCAAUUAAUGGAAAAUUCAGUAUGGAUGUUUGCUUCAAGACCCGAUCUUACUGCUGCUGAUAUAAGAAGAUGGAUGGGUGAUUUUAGUGAGAUAAGAAAUGUGGCGAAAUAUGCUGCCAGGCUUGGUCAAUCUUUCGGUUCUUCCAGGGAAACACUAAAUGUUGGUAGACAUGAGAUCGAAAUGAUUCCUGACAUAAAGGUAAGAGAUGCUUACCGCUCUACAGUCGAGUAUGUCUUCUCUGAUGGCAUUGGGAAAAUCUCUGCUCAAUUUGCAAGGCAAGUUGCCACGAAAUAUGGCCUAAGCUACACUCCUUCUGCUUUUCAAAUUCGGUAUGGUGGCUUUAAAGGUGUUGUGGCUGUUGAUCCCACUUCAUCAAAGAAGUUGUCGCUGAGACAGAGCAUGAAGAAAUAUGAAUCCAAUAACACCAAGUUGGAUGUUUUACAGUUUAGUAAAUACCAGCCUUGUUUCCUCAAUCGCCAGAUAAUUACUCUUUUGUCUACCCUGGGGGUCGAGGAUGUUGUAUUUGAAAAGAAGCAGAGAGAAGCAGUUGCCCAGUUGGACACUAUUCUAACUGAUCCAGUGAAGGCACAUGAGACUUUAAAAUUAAUGGCUCCUGGAGAGAUUGCAAAAGUUCUCAAGGAGAUGCUGAAAUGCGGCUAUAAGCCUGAUUCUGAACCAUUUCUUUCAAUGAUGCUGCAAACUUUCAGGGCAUCAAAACUGCUGGACUUGCGGACUAAAACGAGGAUAUUUAUACCAGAUGGAAGAUCAAUGAUGGGAUGUCUGGAUGAAACCAGAACCUUGGAAUAUGGCCAGGUGUUUGUUCAGUUCUCUACUGCUGGGCGUGGGCAGUUUUAUGAUGAUUCUAUCUCGUAUUUUAAGCACAAUAGUGUUCUUGAGGGGAAGGUAGCGGUUGCAAAAAAUCCAUGCUUGCACCCUGGAGACAUUCGUAUUCUAAAAGCUGUUGAUGUGCCAGCAUUACAUCAUAUGGUGAACUGUAUUGUCUUCCCCCAGAUAGGAAACAGGCCUCAUCCAAAUGAAUGCUCUGGAAGCGAUUUGGAUGGAGACGUCUACUUUGUUUGUUGGGACCGUGACCUGAUUCCGCCUCAGCAACACCCACCUAUGGAUUACACUCCUGCACCUCCAAUGCAGCUGGAUCAUGAAGUUACAAUUGAGGAAGUUGAGGAGUAUUUCGCCGACUAUAUCAUGAAUGACAGUUUGGGAAUCAUUUCAAAUUCUCAUAUUGUCUUUGCUGAUCUGGAACCACAAAAGGCCAGGAGUAAUCGAUGUCUAGAGCUUGCGAAGCUCCACUCGAUUGCAGUUGACUAUCCAAAGACUGGUGUUCCUGCUGAGGUACCAUCUCAUCUACGUGCCAGAAAAUAUCCUGAUUUCAUGGAAAAGUCUGAAAGGCAAACGUAUGAGUCGCAGAAUGUGAUCGGAAAGCUUUUCCGAGAGGUCAAAGGAAAGGCACCAUUCACAAGCUCCAUUGAACCAUUUACGAGGGAAGUGGCAAGAAAAUCAUAUGAUACUGAUAUGGAAGUGGAUGGAUUUGAGGAUUAUGUUGAUAAAGCUUUUGAUUACAAAAGCGACUAUGAUUAUAAAUUGGGUAAUUUGAUGGACUACUAUGGCCGAAAAACUGAAGCAGAAAUGUUGGGUAGUGGUAUGAUGUGGGUGUCAAAAUCUUUGGACCGGAGAAAUGAUGCAGAAGCUGUUGGAAUGGCCGUGACGUCCUUAAUGAAGGAAGCUAGGUCCUGGUUCGGCGGGGAUGGUGGUCACUCUGAUGAUGCAUACGCAAAAGCAUCAGCAUGGUACCAUGUCACUUAUCAUCCAGAUUACUGGGGUCGCUACAGCGUGGGACCGAACCGAGCUCACUACAUUAGUUUCCCAUGGUGUGUCCAUGAUAAGCUGAUUCAGAUUAAAAAGGGAAGCAGAAGAAGGUCUCAGCUCAUUGCAGCGCCACGUGCCCUCUUUCCAAUUCUGACUACUGCUAUUGCAGCUGCCAUUCUCUUAUUCCUAACCGCAUUUUAUUUUUUAAGCCAUUAAGUAUGUAUGCAGAUUCAGUUGAGAGUGCACCCUUGUAUGCUUAUACAGUGAGUUGUAAUCUAGAAUGCAAGAACAAAGCAGAUUGUUCAACAGGACAUCACAUCAUCUCUUGAUUAAACACAAAUUAACA